CUAAACAUCUCAAUAUUUUAUUUAAAAACUUCAAAAAAAAAAAUAAAAUAUUGAUUCUAUAAUAAAGCGGGCUCUGAUUGUUUUGUUUGGGUGCUUGGAAAUAAGCAGCAGCCAAACCUGUGUAAGUACGUAAGCAAUGAGUUCACUAAUAACAAACCUGUGGAGACUUAACAGUGCAAGAAUAGAAAUUAAAUAGGCAACGAUUUUGACCAACAAAUGAUGUUUACGCACUUUAAAGCAAAAUCAUAUGCAAAUUUAAGUAACAGGCCUGGCAUUUCUUUUUGUCAAGCCUGUGAAAAUCUAAUAUUGUUCAAAGCAGCCAUCAAUCAAAUGUUCUUGGCAGCCGUUUCAUUAUAAGCUUGGAGACCACGUAUAUCCAUGUGCUCAGAAAAUAUUCAGACAACGUAAUGGACAAGACAUGGCCAUUUAUAAAAAUGGCACUUCAGACAGCAAGUGGAACAGCGAGUGUAGCGACGAUCAGCGAAUAAAAGUGAGAUGGGUAAUAAAUCACAUGUGAUAGUUGUGCCCUUCCCAGCACAAGGCCAUGUUGCUCCCCUCAUGAAGUUGGCUUACAGCCUUGCUGACCAUGGCAUCAAGGUCACAUUUAUCAACACAGAGUCCAUACACAUGAGAAUUAUGUCUGCAAUGCCAGAGGAGUUCGCGGAGCAGUGUCCAAUAAGUCUAGUUUCAAUUCCUGAAGGGUUGGAGUCUAAACCUGAUGAACAAGAUAAAGAAGAAGCAGUAGAGAUUGCACCAAGGUCUACGCGGGUUCAUCUGCAAAAUUUGAUCCAAAAUAUAAAUCAGGUGAACAAUGAUGUGAAAGUAACACAUGUUGUUGCUGAUAUAGCAAAUGGGUGGGUGCUGGAAGUAGCUAAGAAAUUGUUCAUUAAGCCUGUUGCAUUUGUACCUUAUGGACUAGGAAACUUGGCAUUCAUAUUGCACGCUCCUAAGCUUAUCGAGGCUGGAAUCAUAGAUGUUGAUGGAAUUCCAAUUAAAAGAGAGCCGAUUUGUCUAUCCAAGGAAAUUCCUGCCUGGAAUAUAGAUGAACUCACUUGGAGCAUCCAAGGCGAUUCAGAGGAACAGAAAUUCGUCUUCAGGAAUUUUGUCAAAACCACAGGGGAAUACGUCAGAAUUUCUGAUUCCCUUAUUGUCAAUUCUUUUUAUGAACUUGAAUCAUCGGUUUCUAACUUGCUUCCCAACAUCUUACCCAUCGGUCCAUUGAUUGCAAAUGCUCGCUUGGGAACUUUCUCUGGAAAUUUAUGGCCUGAGGACUCAACUACCUUAAGCUGGCUCGAUAAACAACCUGCACGCUCUGUCAUUUAUGCUGCAUUUGGCAGCACACUUGUCUGCAACCAGCAACAAUUUAAUGAACUUGCACUUGGCCUUGAGAUGACAGGCCAACCAUUUUUGUGGGUUGUUAGAUCAGAUUUUAUGAAAGGAGAUAUUGCAGAAUACCCUGAUGGAUUCAUGGAAAGAAAUGAAAGUCAUGGAAAGAUAGUCAAAUGGGCUCCUCAGGAAAAGGUGUUAGCUCAUCCUUCCACUGCAUGUUACUUUUCUCAUUGUGGAUGGAAUUCAACAAUGGAAGGUGUAACCAAUGGGGUGCCAUUUCUAUGUUGGCCUUACUGUGUAGAUCAAUUUCAUAACAGGGAUUACAUUUGUGAAGCUUGGAAGGUUGGCCUAAGAGUAAUGCCAAAUGAAAAUGGGAUUGUAAGUAGACAUGAAAUCAAAACCAAGAUUGAGAAAUUGCUCUCUAAUAAGGAUAUAAAAGCCAAUUCUUUGAAACUGAAAGAAAUGACCAGAAAGAGCAUUAGUGAAGGUGGAUCAUUCUUUCAAGAAUUUCAUUAGCUUUGUUGAACAAAUAAAGCAAUAACAGUUUUUUGGUCGGCAUGUGUAGUACCCUAAACUUUUUCCAGCUUGAUAAGUUGUUAACUUUAGUAUUUGAAAAGAAAAAAACAAAUAAAGGAAGAGUGCUAACAAUAUUAUAUGAAGGUGGAAGAGUUGCUUUCGGAUGCUGGUAUCAAGUCUACUGUAAUGAAGCUGAAGGAAUUGGCUCGAAAGGGUACGAGGAAAGGAGGAUCUUCCUCUAAAAAUUUGGAGAACUUUGUUGCUCAGCUUAAGCAAAUCAUCGAAGACUUUAAUUUCCUGCUAUGCGUUCUCUUUCAACUUUCUAGCUAAUGUAAUCGAUGUCCUUAGAGAAAAUAAAUGAGAAUUCUUAUUGCCAUA